GUUGCAGCGAGGCGGCGGCAGUGGGAUGCUGCGCUGGCUGAUCGGGGGCGGCCGGGAGCCGCAGGGCCUGGUGGAGAAAUCGUCUGUACAGACCAUUGGUGAAGAACAAGUACAAAAUCCUUACACUGAGCUCCUUGUGUUGAAAGGUCAUCAAGAUAUAGUACGUUUUCUUGUACAAAUAGAUGAUUACAGGUUUGCAUCUGCAGGGGAUGAUGGAAUCAUUUUUCUGUGGAAUGCUCAGACUGGAGAGAAACUUUUUGAACUUCAUGGUCACACACACAAGAUUACAGCUAUAGCACCAUUUUUUUCAUCAGAUGCUUCUGAAGAAAACAGUCAUUUGAUUUUAACAGCAUCAGCUGAUAGAACAGUUAUUGUUUGGGACUGCACUACUGGCAGACAGGUGCAAAAAGUGUCAUGUUUCCAUUCUACUGUAAAGUGUUUGACAGUCCUUCAAAGACUGGAUGUAUGGUUGUCUGGAGGGAGUGAUCUAUGUGUUUGGAACCGAAAAUUAGAUCUCUUGUGUAAGACCAGUCAUCUUACUGAUGCAGGUAUUAGUGCUUUGGUUGAAUUGCCUAAAAACUGUGUUGCAGCUGCUGUUGGCAAAGAGCUAAUCAUUUUUAGGUUGAUUGCUUCCAGUGAUAAGUCUGAAGGUUGGAAUAUCCUUGAAGUAAAACGCCUUGUCGAUCAUCAAGAUAACAUCUUGUCAUUGGUCAGUGUCAAUGAUUUGACUUUUGCGACAGGUUCUCAUGUGGGUGAGUUAAUAGUUUGGGAUGCACUUGAUUGGACAAAGCAGGCAUCUGAGUGCAACUUCUGGGACUCUUCUGUCCAACCAGAUGCACGGACAGAAAUAAAACUAUCCCAAAGUCCAAAUGAAACUUCAGUUCAACACUUAGCAUCUGAUGACGAGUAUGUGUAUGCUGCAGUUGGGAAAGGCAUAUACGUAUAUAAUCUUCAAAUGAAGCGUGUGAUUGCCUGCCAGAGAACUGCUCACGACUCUUCUGUACUGCACAUUGAGAUGCUUCCAAACAGGCAGCUGAUAUCCUGUUCAGAAGAUGGCAGUGUACGCAUUUGGGAGCUCCGAGAAAAGCAGCAGCUGCCGAAUGAACCAGUUCCAACAGGGUUCUUCAACAUGUGGGGAUUUGGAAGGGCAAACAAGCAGGCAAACCAAGCUAAGAAGGUGCAGGAGAAUACACCUAUGCAUUUUUUGGAGCUGGUUGGUGAUCUGAUUGGUCAUUCAUCAGCUGUACAGAUGUUCCUGUACUUCAGUGAACUGGGACUGGUUACAUGCUCUGCUGACCAUCUCAUUAUUUUGUGGAAGGAUGGUGAACGCGAAUCUAGACUCCGCAGUUUAACGUUAUUUCAGAAACUGGCACAAAAUGGUGAUCUGCAACCAAAAUUUUAAAUUGCUUGAAUACAGGCUAAAUAUGCAUAACUGGAUAUACAUUAAAUGUGAAUGUGAAGGAAAGUCUGCAGUCUUACUGUGGGUUAACCUACACUGGAGUUGAUAUAACACCACUAUGAUGUCUACCAUGAAGUGUGAUUGAUUCAAGUUAGUCAUUGCAUAGUGUACUCAUUGAAUUCAUUUGUCUGUCACAGAGGUGCAGUCCUUACUGGGGAUUUUCAGGAUGUAAAAUAUUUUCAUAACCAGUAGUAAUUGAUCUGUUCUGUCAGCUGAACACUUGAAUAAAAUUUGACUGCAAAGAAA